AUGACUGUCGCUUUGCCCACACCCAUGGAAGAAGUGGCUCAGUCCCUUACAAAGGAUGUCAAAUUUCUAAGCGAAUAUCUCGUGUCCACCGGUCAUCCAGUUCCGUCAUUUGAUCGCCAUACACCCACAGUCGUGCUACCUGACGACGCAUCUCGUGAUGCUCAUGUGGCGCGCGAGCGCAUUCUCGACAAUGCUCUGAAGCUCUUACAGCUCGCUACAGGUCCGAGCGAGUACUUAGCCACUCUACAGACAGGCUACCAUUAUCUUUCCUGCUUACGCUGGCUGUGCCAUUUCCGCGUCUUCCAUCUAGUUCCCCUACAGGGUUCAGUUUCGUAUGUUGAUCUGGCAGUCCUCGCCAACGUCCCGGAGGACAGCCUGAAGGCGAUCGCACGCAUGGCCAUAACAAGUGGGCUUUUUGUGGAAAAUCCGCCUCAACAUCUCGCUCACUCCGCGACAUCUGCCCUAUUGUGCACCAAUGAGAACUUCCACGACUGGGCCGUCUUCAUGAGUGAUAUCUCAGCGCCAACUGCAGCGGCUAUGGUUGAUGCGCAUGAGAAAUGGCCGAACAGCCAUCUGCCUACCCAGACGGCUUACAACCUUGCAUUUCAUACGGACCUACCCUUCUUCAAGCACCUAGGGCAACACCCAGAGCGACAUCGCCAGUUCGCGGGAUACAUGCGCAGUGUGACCACGAGCCAAGGAACGGGUCUGAACCACCUCGUUGUUGGUUGGGACUGGGCAGCUCUUGGACGCGCCCGAGUAGUCGAUGUUGGCGGAUCAACGGGUCAUGCAUCCAUUUCCCUGGCACGAGAAUUUCCGGAACUGAGCUUCGUCGUCGAAGAUCUGCCGGAGGUCGUCGCGGGAGGUCCUGAAUAUCUUGCCUCGCUACCCGAUGCUGAUGACCUGGAAUGUCGAAUUGAGUACCGCGCACACAGCUUCUUUGAUCCCCAACCGGUGACCGACGGAGAUGUUUAUCUGUUGCGGAUGAUAUUGCAUGAUUGGCCAGCGGAGGACUCUGUGCGCAUUCUGUCACGUCUGGUCCAGGCCCUCAAGCCUGGUGCACGCAUCAUUGUCAUGGACACAGUGCUACCAAGUCCGGGAGCAAUCCCAGCAUCCAAGGAGCGGCUACUUCGCGUGAGGGACCUGACCAUGAUGCAGGUCUUCAACAGCCGGGAGAGACACAUGGAGGACUGGAUAGAUAUUUUUCGCAAGGUGGAUGGGCGACUGACGAUGAAGAAGGUUGAGCAGCCUUUUGGGAGUGUGAUGUCAUUGAUUGAAUUGCAUCUGGAUGAGUAA